AUGGUGGCGAAAAUAAUCGAAGCGAAGCGCAUAGGACUGGCAGACGAGGCCUCCGCGAGGCACAGUGUAGAACGCAUUUCGACCAGAAGCCAACACCAGAGAACGAGCACUUCAUUGUGGGGCGAGUGGAUGGGAGUAAUGCAUGGAGAUGAAAUAGAAUACGUUUUCGGCCAUCCUCUUAAUUUGUCUCUGCAAUUUAACUCCAGAGAACGGGAACUUAGUCUCAAGAUUAUGCAGGCAUUCGCUCGCUUUGCUGUUACUGGGAAACCAGUGACCGAUGACGUGAACUGGCCUUUGUACACAAAGGAACAGCCUCAAUAUUUUAUUUUCAACGCCGAGAAAAAUGGUAUAGGGAGAGGACCGCGCGCUACAGCCUGCGCUUUCUGGAACAACUUUUUACCCAAACUCCGGGACAAUCCAGGUACAGGUUCGUUCUUUCUCUGCUACGCACGAGGCUUGUUUGCAUUUUUAUUCGAUUUGCCGCUCCGGCCUGGCUAA